AUGGCGGUGGUGGUGGAGUGCAAGCCAUGCGCUUAUCUAAUCGAGCGCGUGACUGCAUUAAUUGGAACCACGUCACAUCACGUCGCGGCACCUCUGCACCGCGACUACAAAGCUCACCGGGGAUUCUUCGAUGCAAGCCGUCUGAAAGGCCACUUCUACACUCGUUUAACCAACAUACCGUGGAUGAACCCGUUUGAAAGCACCGCAUCGCGCAACAUGCAGGGCUCCUUCGACACACCCGAUACCCACAAGUACUCCGUCAUUCUGCCCACGUACAAUGAGCGGAAGAAUCUCCCCGUUAUUGUGUAUUUGCUGGCAAAAAUGUUUGCGGAGAAUGGACUUGCAUGGGAGGUUAUAGUUGUUGACGACAACAGCCCGGAUGGAACGCAAGAAAUCGCGCAACAGCUGGCGAAAGUGUACGGAGAUGACAAAAUUGUUCUAAAACCGCGUGCUGGUAAACUUGGUCUGGGAACCGCAUACAUCCACGGUUUGAACUUCGUCUCUGGAGACUUUGUCAUUAUCAUGGACGCCGACUUUUCCCACCACCCGAAAUUCAUCCCUCAAUUCAUUCGCCUGCAAAAGGCCCACAACCUCGAUAUUGUGACGGGAACGCGCUACCGCUCAACAUCAAUACCAUACACCCGCGAAGCCCAACCUGGAGGUGUGCACGGGUGGGACUUUAAGCGCAAGCUCGUCUCACGAGGGGCCAACUACCUCGCCGACACCGUUCUCAACCCCGGCGUGAGCGACCUAACAGGGAGCUUCCGGCUAUACCGGCUCCCUGUUCUCCGACAUAUCAUCACAGAAACGGUCUCGAAAGGCUACGUGUUCCAGAUGGAGAUGAUGGUGCGAGCGCGGGCGCUGGGGUAUACCGUCGGUGAGGUGCCGAUCACGUUCGUGGAUCGUAUUUUUGGCGACAGCAAGCUCGGCGCGAACGAGAUCGUUUCGUACGCGAAGGGCAUCUGGACUUUGUUCACUACGGUUUAA